CCAGUAUUACCAAAACGUCACAUUCACAAAGCAUGUGGUAACAUGCAUCAUCAUCUGUAUCGGCCUUCCUCUGACGCUCAUGGUCAUCUAUGCUCUUUACUUUCUGGUACGAAAGGAUCAUGUGGCACCAAUCUACGUCAUCAACCUUCUUAUUUCCGACCUCAUUCAGCUCUGCUGCAUGAUCAUUUGGGAAAAAAAAGGAUAUAGGGAUGAAAAGGACAUCGAAUUUUACAUUUACCAUUGUGGCCUAGUGACCAGUGUUUGCUUCAUGGUGUGUGUCUCCCUGGAAAGAUAUCUGGUCAUCGCCCACCCACUGUGGUACCGCUUCAAACGCACCAUCAAGAUCUCUGUGGUGGUCAGUGUCGUGGUCUGGCUCAUACCUCCUGUCUUUUUCCUCACUGUGUUUCCCUGGGUUAGUGGAGUUGUGACAAAUAAAAUCUUCGCCAUUGCUCUCAUCAUUCCCUUCCCACUGUUCAUAUUCUUCCUGGCUGGGACCCUCAGAGCCCUCUCUGCUUCCGUCUCCGUCCCCUCUGAAGAAAAACAACGAAUUGUUGGAACUUUGGUCCUGGUGCUGCUCAUUUACACGCUGCUGUUCCUGCCCAGCAUGAUUUUGUUCCUGGAAUUGCACAGAUAUACCAAAACUCUGUUUCACCUAGCUACCAUGUUUCUUAAACUGAGUCCUCUUGCUGACUUAAUUCUGUAUGUUUUCAUUAGAAAACAACCCAUUGGCAAGCUUUUUACCACUGUGAACUGUUGCAGAAACACUGACACCAACAUACAAAUGGUAUGAAUGUGGAAAACAUUGUGACAGUAAGCUCCUCGGAGGAAGAGAGAAUGAGGAGAAAACAGAAACAAAAUGUACCUUUGCUCAGUUUAGAACAAAUGUGUUUCUGACAAGACUUUAUUUUUUUUGCGAUGUUGUUUUUCUUGACAGAUAA